AUGCGACACCCGCGGAGAGAGGUGGAGGAAGACAACAACAAGAGGCUGAAGGAUGGCCUGGGUGGCGGCGCGCUCAGCGCGGCGGCGGAGGCGGAGAGGGGAGGAGGGCUGGGGGAGGAAUCACUGAUAAUGUGGGAACCCAUCAAGUGCAACCUCUGCCUCAGUGACAAAUUCAGCAAAAUCACAAUGAAGGAAGAGAUGUUUGCUUUGUUCACAAAGAAGGUAGAAGAAAAGGAUCAGAAAGCCAAAGAAAAGCAAAGGGACAAAGAUGAAGUUGAUAUAGAUAUCUUGGAAGAUGAAAGCAAUGGUGAAGAAGAUUUUGAUCAGGGAAAUGAAGUUCUCGUACUGAAGUCAAAGCCAAGCAAAGCUGCUAGUAGCUCCAGAUCGGUGGCAGGUGGUGGCCCUAUUGAGAAGUACUGCAAGCCUCCUUCCAUAGAGGAGUCUGUUCAAAUGAACCUCAACAAUAAGGUUCAAACAAAAUUGACAACUCAGAAAAGAGAAGAGAGAAGGGAUAGAGCUUGUGAGUACAUAUGCCAGUUUUUCUAUGAAGCUAGCAUUCCACACCACACUGUUACCCUACCUAGCUUUGCCCAUAUGCUUGAGGCCAUUGGACAGUUUGGCAGAGGUUUGAGAGGGCCUAGCCCUUAUGAGAUGGGUGGACCUUUCUUACGGAAAAGGAAGCAAAAGGUGCUAGAUGGUUUUAAGAACCAUAAGGAAUCAUGGGAGCUCAGUGGAUGUACAAUUAUGACAGAUGCAUGGACACAUAGAAAGGGAAGGGGUGUGAUGAAUUUAGUUGUGCAUAGUGCUCAUGGGGUUUGCUUCUUGGAUUCAGUGGACUGCUCAGGUGAGAAGAAAGAUGGAAAAUAUAUAUUUGAGCUUGUGGAUAGAUACAUAGAAGAUAUUGGAGAGAAAAAUAUUGUUCAAGUAGUGACUGAUAAUGCUAGUGUCAAUACAACAGCAGCAAGCUUAUUGACAGCAAAGAGGCCCUCAAUAUUUUGGAAUGGAUGUGCUGCUCAUUGCCUAGAUCUCAUGCUAGAGGAUAUUGGAAAGCUUGGAUCAGUUGAGAAAACUAUUGCUAGUGCAAGACAAGUGACUGUGUUCUUGUAUGCUCACACAAGGGUGUUGGAUUUGAUGAGACAAUAUCUUAAGAAAGAUUUGGUUCGCUCUGGGGUUACUCGCUUUGCCACUGCUUAUUUGAAUCUAAAAAGCUUGCUAGACAACAAGAAGGAAUUGACAAGGUUGUUUAGAUCAGACCAACUCAAUGAGAUGGGUUACCUGAAGAAGGCCAAGGGAAAGAAAGCCAACAAAGUGGUCAGAUCUGAAAGCUUUUGGAAAAUGUUGAUAUUGCUGUUAAUUUCUUUGAACUAA